CAGCCGCGGCGCCGCCAUGGAGGCCAAGGUCCGGUCGAGCAGGCGCUCGCGCGCGCAGCGAGACCGCGGCCGGCGUCGGGAAGCCACCCGCGACGCCCGCGCCCAGAGCCCGUCGUCGGGUGACGAGCCGGAGCCCAGUCCCGGCAAGGAGAACGCGGGACUGCACGGCGCGCCGCCUCAGCGCCCUACGCCCCUGCGCGCCGCGCGCCCCCCGCGGCGCCGACGCCGUGAGUCCAGUUCGCAGGAGGAGGAGGUUAUUGACGGCUUCGCUAUAGCCAGCUUCAGCACCCUGGAGGCCCUGGAGAAAGAUAUGGCUCUGAAGCCACAUGAACGGAAGGAGAAAUGGGAUCAACGCCUUGUCAAGAAGCCCCGCGAGUCAGAAAACUGCCCAUCUGCUGAGCUGAGUGAAAACAGACAGACCCUGGAGGUGGGCAGUCCGGGGCCGGAUGCAGAACCCACAUGUGAUGAAGGGACUAGGAAGGUCCCAUUGCAGCCCUCCAGACAGAUGAAAGUCACUAUGGCCAGAGGGGGUGAGCGGAACAGUGAUGAUGACAGUGUCCUUGAAGCUUCCAGCUCUCAGCAUAGCAGCUCCCGGGACCAGCUGAGUGAUAGCUCUGCACAGGCGGUUUCCGGGAGAGGCUACUCAUGCGACAGUGAGAGUGGCGUGGAUGACAAGGCAUCUGUGGGCUCUGAGAAGCUCUUUGCCCCGGCACCUGACAAAGGCUCUGGGAGAGGUGAGAAGUCAGAGGCCAAGGCGGGGGCAGUGCCCAAGGUGUCAGGCCUGGAGCGCAGCCGUGAGCUCAGCACCGAGUCUUUCCUGCCUGCCACAGCACCUGCGCCCUCAGGACCUCCGCCAGGAGCUCCAGCCAGCCCCUUGGUGAAGAGGGAAGCCCCUAUAGUACCUCACCACCUCCCGCAGCCACAGAUCACCCCGCAGCAUCGCGACUCACUCCCAGCACACGUGCCUCUGUCCUUGGGCGCCUUCGUGGGCCCUGGCUCUGGCCAGGUGGCACCCAACAGCCUACACAGCCUCAGCAGGAACAGCAGCACGGUCAGCGGCACCCCUCUGGGCCUGACGAAACACGUGACACUGUCGCCGCACGGCCCUGGCCCCCACCUGUCUACCUCACACCUGGCGCUCAGGUCCCAGGCGCAGCACCAGCACCCCACCGCGGCAAUGUUCGCUGCGCCCCCAACACUGCCCCCGCCCCCGGCAUUGCCCGCCAGCAGCCUGGUCAUCCCAGGACACCCCGCCGAUGCCAGCCUGUUGAUCUCAUUCAACCAACCAAUCAUGUAUUGCCAGCCUCAUUCGGGGAUUCUGAUUGAUCACGAACUGCUCAGGCAAGAGCUGAACACGCGGUUUCUGGUGCAGAACGCCGAGCGGCCUGGCGCCUCCCUGGGCCCGGGGGCUCUGCUGCGGGCCGAGUUCCACCAGCACACGCACCAGCACACGCACCAGCACACACACCAGCACACACACCAGCACCAACACACAUUUGCCCCCUUCGCGGGGCUGCCCCCGACGCCGCUCAUGCCGCCCACCGCACCCUCGCCGUUUGACAAAUUCUCACCCAAGCUGGACAGCCCCUACUUCCGACAUUCCAACACUUCAAACUCAAUCGAGAUAACGGGCCGGGCCAGUGCGGUUCACACUUUGCUGCAGAAAGCCCCUGGGGUGUCAGAUCCUUACCGGACAGCAGUCAGGAAACCAGGGAAGUGGUGUGCGGUACACGUGCAGAUCGCCUGGCAGAUCUACCACCAGCAGCAGAAGAUGAAGAUGCAGCUGGAUCCUCACAAGCUGGAGGUUGGCACAAAGCUGGACCUGUUCAGCAGGCCUCCUGCCCCAGGCAUGUUCUCUGGGUUCCACUACCCACAGGACCUGGCCCGGCCCCUCUUCUCCAGCACAGGUGCCACUCAUCCAACCGCCAACCCAUUUGGACCCUCAGCUCAUCAUGGCAGCUUCCUGUCCACUGGUCAUCUGACAGACCCCUUCAGCAGAUCCAGCACCUUUGGAGGCUUGGGGAGCCUGAGCAGCCACGCUUUUGGAGGUCUUGGGAGCCAUGCACUGACACCAGGGGGUAGCAUCUUUGCCCCCAAGGAGGGCACAGCUUUACUUGGCCUGACCAGCCCCCAUGACACCUGGAACCGGCUGCACCGGGCACCACCUUCCUUCCCCACCCCACCCCCAUGGCCCAAGCCAAUGGAUACAGAGCGCUUCUCAGCCCUGACCAACCACGACCGAGAGCCUGACAAGAGCCAGGAAGAGCAUGAGCGGGACCUCCUGGAGAAGACGCGCCUGCUGAGCCACGCCUCACCUGCAGCACCAGUGGGCCACCCCAUCAGCAGCCUCCUGCAGCGGGGCCCCAGCGAGCUGGGCCGCCCUGGGAUCCUCACAGAGCGAGAGGCUGAGCCUCGGAUCAAGGAGAGCCACUCACCUGGCAAAGAGGAUGGCGCCAAACUGGCCGUGCGACCUCCAUCUCCCUAUUGCAAGGCAGCCCUGGGUGACUGCUUGCGCCUGGCAGGCCUGUUGGGUCGGGAGUCCGGGAAGCAGACGCCUGAGAGGCCUCAGGGCGACGUGAAGGUAAAAGAGGAGCGCAGGGAAGACGAGACACCGGAGCUCAUGGGCGUCAGUGUGCACUCCACGGCCACACACAUGGGCCUGGGCACGUCGGGCUUCGUGUGGGACCCGCCGCGUGACUCCUACCGGAGCCUAGAGCUGCCUCGUCGCGCCUUUCCCGCCCCGCCGCCCGCUGCGGGCCCCGCUCCCUUCGAGCUCUCUGAGCGCGCCUAUCGCGACCGCGAGCCUCACGACUACAGCCCAGAGCGCCUGAGGGAGGUGCGCCGGGAGGAGCUGGAGCACGCGCACGCGCACGCGCCCGACCCAGACGCCGCCGCGCUGUUGCCCGCAAUGCACUACCCGCGCCUGGCCCCUGGCGCGCUGCAUGGUGCGCUCCUGGCCCGGACCCCGCCGGCUGCCGCCGCACUUGGUGCGCCUCCUCCACUGGUGGCUGCAGGAGGAGUGUCCACGCCACCUGCGCGCCCCAGGACGACGCCGCUGGCGCUCGGACCUGGCGAGGGGCGCGACUACUCGCCAGCAACGUGCAACCCGCCCGAGGUGGAGGCGCGGUAGUCCCGGCAUGACGGACUGGCUCACUUGAAUUCCUGGGACCUGAGCACGCACAGGAGCAGCACAGCUCGCUGCAGGCUGCAGCUUGCAUAGUCGAGAACUUUAAGCUUUCUGGGGGUGACUUCAUUUUCCGAGCUUGCGAUUAGGUCACUGGGAGAAAUUUAGCUUUGUACCCCCCCCCACAGGUGACAAGCAUUUCUAAUGGUUUUGUAUUUUUCUUAAUUUUGUGCUCUAACAUUUUAAAGAACCAAAAAAAAAAAAAAAGAAAAAAGAAAAAGAAUUUUUAGUUGGGAUUUACAGUUGUUUCACUUCUCAGAUCCCAUUUGAGCCCCAGAGUUUGUCUUAUUUAUGGAAAGAAACGGUCUUUCUGUCAGCGCACUGUGAGGCUCCGCACUCAGGCCCGGCUCUGGCCUUCCCUUGGUACUUGGAACCGAAGUUACAGAUAUAUAUAUAUGUAUGUAUAUUAAAAUAAUAAUUAAUAAUAAUGUACAAAACUGGUUUUUCUGCCUUAUUCUAUUAUGCAUAGAUGUAAGAGGAUUUCUUUGGUUUGUUUUUUUAGAAAAAAAUGUAAAUAUUCUGUUGAUAUAAUUAUAAAACUUAUUAAAUUCUUAACCUGGACAGUCUAUAACAA